AUGAAGAUCAAAGCUACAUGUCUGCCGCGCCUGCAAGAAUUAUUUCAUUGCUUAGCCAGUGCUUUUGGUGAAGGAUCAGUAUACUGCAUACAAAUUGAACGAGCAGAAUGCUUGGAGAAAUUCUGUAAUCAAAAAAUAGAAAUAUGCAGUUUACAAUAUGCUGCCGAAACAACUGGAAAAUGCACUAUUAGUGAUUUGAAAAGAUUAGCCCAAAGAAUUAUCUUAGAAUCAGAAGUAAAAGGUCGUGAAAAAAUUAAGGAUAGUGUGGAACAAGCACUCAGGGAAUUCCAACCGAUUGCAGUGCCCUUCGAACAACUGAAACCAAGAAAUAUAGUUAAAUUGAAAUGGGAGGAUGUUGGAGGAUUAAAGGACGUGAAAAAAAUUAUUACAGAAGUCUUUAUUUGGCCAACAAAAUAUCCACUGCUGUAUCGGAAUAUUUCUGUUCGUCUUGGUCGCGGAGUUUUGUUGCAUGGUCCAAGCGGAUGUGGAAAAACUCUUAUUUGUAGAACUUUAGCAGCACAAUGGGACUUCAAUGUCAUAUCCAUCAAAGGACCGGAAUUAUUAUCAAAGUUUAUUGGUGAAAGCGAAGAAAAUGUCCGGAAAAUUUUUGAAUGUGCUCGUGUUGGAAGCCCUUGUUUGAUAUUUUUCGAUGAAUUUGAUUCAUUAGGUCCAAAGCGUGGUGAGAGUGAUACAGGAGUAACGGACCGUGUGGUGAAUCAACUGCUGACAGAACUGGAUGGAGUUGAAGGGCUAAAUGAUGUGUAUAUUAUUGGGGCUACAAACCGAAUUGAUUUGAUUGAUAGUUCCUUAUUACGACCGGGGCGUUUCGACUACAUUGUUAAAUGUGAAUUGCCCAAUAUGGAGGAGCGAAUGUCGAUUUUGGAGAUAUUUUGCCGAGGUAUGAGCUUAAGAAAUACUGAUUUUGAAGUGAUAGCAAGAACAACACAUGGUUGGACGGGUGCUGACUUAAAAGGUUUGGUAACAAAUGCUCAGUUGAUCGCUCACAAGAGAAUAAAAGGAGCACUUGGCGACAGAGAUGUUGACUUCGAAAGAACAAAAUAUGUAAUAAAUCAAGAAGAUCUGUUGUUUGCAAUAAAGGAAUCGCAACCGAACAAGAACAGAAGCUCUUCCGGAUUAGAUAGGAGACCUUACAUAUCACCAGGGUUGUUUACUACUUUAGCUUAA